GGAGAGAGACAGAGCGGGAUGUUUGAGAAGAGCGCUCAGUUCUGCAGCCAGCUGCACAGCUGCAGUCUGAUUGGUUGAUUAGUCCCAGGUGAACGGGACAGGUGAAAGGACCCCCACACCCCACCCUCACAGAGAAGACGGGACGGAACGCGCGAUCCUGUGGCCCGCCGCGGAGGAGAAUGAGGAGGCGGUCUGCCGGCGCGCAGACGGCCUGAAGCCGCGCGCUCCAGCGGGGGAAGACUGCGCCGAGCCGCGCGAUCCACGCCUGGCGGGACAGCCGUGGGGUGUCAGGAUGUGGCUGCUGGUGGGUGUGUUUUUUUGCCUCUGCCCGUGUGCGUUGGAGCAACAGCUGGGGGGCAGGCUGAAGGAGGCCACGCCCCGUUUGAUCUGCAGUGCACCGGGGGUUCCGGGGUCGCCAGGGAAACCAGGCCCCGGCGGGUCUGCGGGGCCCCAUGGGGACAUGGGUCUGCCCGGUCGCGACGGGCGGGACGGGCGAAAGGGGGAGAGAGGGGAGAAGGGCGACGCAGGAGUGAAGGGCCGAGUCGGGCCUACGGGGAAGAUGGGUCAGCGAGGAGACCGGGGCCCCGCGGGCAAGAGAGGCCCGGGGGGCCUGGAUGGGGACGGCGGCCCCCCCGGCGCUGGGGGCCCCCCAGGAGAGAAGGGGGACAAGGGCCAGCGAGGCCCGCGCGGGACCCCGGGGAUUUGCCGGUGCGGGAGCCUGGUGCCCAAAUCGGCCUUCUCGGUGGGCAUCACCACCAGCUACCCAGCCGAGCGCCUGCCCAUCAAGUUCAACAAGGUCCUGUUUGACGAGGGCGGCCACUACAGCCCGCAGACCGGCAAGUUCACCUGCGCCUACCCGGGCAUCUACUACUUCUCCUACGACAUCACGCUGGCCAACAAGCACCUGGCCAUCGGCCUGGUGCACAACGGCCAGUACAGGAUCAAGACCUUCGACGCCAACACCGGCAACCACGACGUGGCGUCGGCCUCCACCGUCGUGUACCUGAACCCGGAGGACGAGGUGUGGCUGGAGAUCUUCUACACCGACCAGAACGGGCUCUUCGCCGACCCCGGGUGGGCCGACAGCCUGUUUUCGGGGUUCCUGCUCUACGCUGACACCAACUACCUGGAUGCGCUGUCGGAGGACUAUGCCUGAUGGACCUCCACUCCCUUGCACCCCGGCCCCCCCCCCCCCCCCCCCCCCACAUGAUUAACCUGAGUUUGUGGGAGUGAAUGACACUAAGCUGUCAGUCGGGGUGGAAACCCAACGCUGGGUUCCAUGACCCAGAGCGGGAGCCCUGCAGGCUCUAGGCCACCAGCUCCCCUCCUGAUGCUAAGGCUCUCCUCUCCCUGUUGAACAGAAAGUAUUACCUAAUGUAACAUAUAAGAAACACUUGACUUUAGUGGAGCUUUUCCCUCUUUUCCCUCAAAUCCGGACCGCUCCAAAUCCAGCUGUGGCCUGGAGCCACAUAAUAACCAUGAUUACUUUGGUAAAUGGUAAAUGGACUGCAUUUAUACAGUGCUUUUAUCCAAAGCGCUUUACAAUUGAUGCCUCUCAUUCGCCCAUUCACACACACCAACGGUGAAAGGCUGCCCUGCAAGGUACCA